AUGCGUCUCGUUUUCUUGCUAGCUUCGCUGCUAUAUGUCGCCCGCGCAGAUAAGAGAUGUUUCAACGCUCAAGGCAUCGCAAUCACAGAUAGCUCGUUUGUGCCUUGCAAUUCUAGUGCAACAGAAAGCGCAUGUUGCGCGUCAAACAAAGGGAACGGCGAUAUCUGUAUCCAAGGAGGCCUCUGUUACGCACAACAAGGCUCUUACAGCGGCUACAUAUACGGCAACGGCUGCACCGACAGCACCUUCAGCGAUCAAACUUGUCCAUAUGCGUGUCCCAUGGCGAAGCAAAAUGGAUGGAAAGCCUACAACGUGCUGCCCUGCGCACUAGACACAUGGUGCUGCCGUGAAGCUUCGGAUCGAACAAACUGCUGCAACAACUCCAGCAUGAUCAUUGACAAAGAUCAGACGACAUACCUCGGACAAUUCAUCAACAAUGUAAUCCCGGGUACCUCUACCACCUCGGACGACUCAAACUCCACCGAGACAGCUGCAACAGCCACCGUCACGUCAACUGUCACAGCAACUCCAUCUGGCGACUCGGACUCGAACACCACAACCGUUGUUGGUGCAGCUGUAGGCGCUGUUCUAGGCGUCGCAUGCAUGAUUGCACUCGCCGGCCUGAUUUGGAUGAUGAGAAAGGUCAAGAACCUGAAGAGAGAGAUGCAGUCUCUCCGGUCACAAGAGUCAUACUCCAGCUCCAGCGCUCCCAUGACCCAACAACCAUACAAUCCACCGCAGAGUGCAGUCCCGAUGGUACAUACCUACGAAGCAGAUUGGGACAAUGGAAGAUACGAGAUUGAUGGUACCGGCAAGUAG